CCUUUUCUUUCUCCUCGUCUUCUCGAAUCUGAGAGAGAGAGGGAUGAGAUCAACAAUGGCGGUCAAAUCAAAACUCGUCUCUCUUCUAUUCCUCAUAGCAACACUAUCAUCCGCAUUCGCAGCUUCGUUUUCCGAUUCAGAUUCCGAUUCAGAUCUCGUCAACGAACUUGUUUCACUCAGAUCAGCCACCGAAUCAGGCGUAAUCCAUCUCGACGACCAUGGAAUCUCAAAAUUCCUCACAUCUGUUUCCACUCCUCGUCCUUACUCGUUACUCGUCUUCUUCGACGCUACUCAACUCCACAGCAAAAGCGAGCUUCGUUUACCUGAGCUCCGUCGCGAGUUCGGUAUCGUCUCCGCUUCGUUUCUCGCUAACAACAAUGGAUCUGAUGGAACUAAGCUUUUCUUCUGCGAGAUCGAGUUCUCACGGUCUCAAUCUUCGUUUCAGCUCUUUGGCGUUAACGCUUUACCUCACAUUCGUCUUGUAAGUCCUUCGAUAUCGAAUCUACGUGAUGAAUCUGGUCAAAUGGAUCAAUCUGAUUACUCCAGGUUAGCUGAAUCAAUGGCUGAGUUCGUCGAACAACGAACCAAGCUCAAGGUCGGUCCUAUUCAACGUCCGCCGCUUCUUUCCAAGUCUCAGAUCGGCUUUAUCGUUGCGUUGAUCGCUAUCGCUACUCCGUUUGUUAUCAAACGGAUUCUGAAAGGAGAGACUCUUCUUCAUGACCGUAGACUUUGGUUAUCUGGUGCUAUCUUCAUUUACUUCUUUAGCGUUGCUGGUACAAUGCACAACAUUAUCAGGAAAAUGCCAAUGUUUCUUCAAGAUCGUAACGAUCCGAAUAAGCUUGUGUUCUUCUACCAAGGAUCUGGAAUGCAGCUUGGAGCUGAAGGAUUUGCUGUUGGGUUCUUGUAUACUGUUGUUGGAUUGCUAUUGGCGUUUGUUACCAAUGUGCUUGUUCGAGUGAAGAACCUUAAUGCACAGAGAUUGAUUAUGCUUUUGGCAUUGUUCAUAUCGUUCUGGGCUGUGAAGAAAGUUGUUUACUUGGAUAAUUGGAAGACUGGAUAUGGAAUUCAUCCGUAUUGGCCAUCGAGUUGGCGUUGAUUUUCAUCACAUCACCACACUCUUGAGGAAUGUGUUACAACAAGGUAAUGGCUUUAGAUUUUGGAAAAACAUUUCUGGGAAUUGAGUAAUGAUGUUUUUGGACGGUUUUGUGUUCCGAUUUGAUAUACUUUUGAAUCGGUGUAGUACUAUUAAUUUCAGAUGGUUUUUAAAUCCUUAGUGCUACUUUAGUAUCUUGUUAAGUUAUAAUGAGUAACAUGGGAUCUUUAGUCAAUGAAAUCUAGCAUACUGUUCUGUUUGAUCUCUGUGUAGGAACCAUAUUUGGAAUUUCAGAUA